AUGGAUGAUUUUGGUGAUAGUUUUGUUCAACCCGAGGUAGAUCCUGCGGCAGAGUUCUUAGCUCGUGAGCAAAACCAACUGGCAGGUCUUGAAGAUGAGUUGGAAACCACUGCACCGCCCCCAAUUAUUUCUUCUACCAAUGGAUUGGACGAUUUCGUUGAAAUUCCAAGCGCCUCUGCCUUCGAUUCAAAUGGUUUGAUGGAUGAGGAGCCCAAUCAAACAUCUGUGUUCAGCUCCAUGCAACAGGAGCGUGAAGAACCAGAGAAGAUUAAAAUUUGGCGAGAAGAACAGAAGAAAAGGUUGGAAGAAAAAGAUGCAGAGGAGGAGAAUAAGAGAGAGGAAAUGUUAAAGAUAGCCAAAAAGGAACUAGAUGACUGGUAUAAAACUCACGAAGAGCAGAUUUCUAAAACCAAGGCUGCUAAUAGAAAUGCUGAAAAGGCUUUGGCACGCGGCUCUGAGGGCAGCGUGGAAGAAGGUAACGAGUGGACACGCGUUGCUGAGUUGUGCGAUUUUGGACCGCGGCGCGGACGUGAUGUCGCCCGUCUUAGGUCUAUUGUCCUGCAGUUGAAACAAUCUGGCGUACGGCCUAAUCACCCACCGCGGUCUGCUAAAGUAGCAUAA